GCGCUAGCUAGGGUUGGAUGAAAGAGAAGACGUUAAUUGGGUUGGGAAAGUGAAACAAACUGUAAACCCAACUUAUCCAUGCUUCCUCUGUUUAGACCAGCAUGUUCGCCUCCUCCGUCGUCUUGUUUGAUAAAAUCAUGAGCUGUUGCAGCCUUCAAUUACCGGCCCCAACCCUUAGUCACCGGCGUGGAGGAGGAGGAGGAGGAUCAUCCUUCCAAUGCAGCGCUCUUCCACCAACCAAUUCGGGAACCCUGCUGUUUCCUCUCUUCCUUGAAAUGGGUAUAACCGAGAAAGGAAGCCAUGCCCUUUUGGAAAAUCACCAAGCUCUAAAGCUCGCCCCUUUUGAUUUCGUUCGCACCCAAAUCCAUGCUCUUCAAAAUCUUGGAAUCAACGGCCCCCUGCUAUCCAGGCUCAUUCAGAAGAGGCCCCAUGUUUUGGUAUCUCCAGAAAUCCAUUCCUUGCUCUGCUUUCUCUCCCAUGAUCUCAAAGGUGUCAUUCAGGAGCCUCAGCUUGCCCGUCUUCUUACUGCUACAGACCCUAGGUAUCUCUCCGGCUUCGAACCAAAGGUUCGCCUGCUGCUGGAUGCUGGGAUUCCCAUAAACAGGCUUUCUCAUGUUCUCAACAAUCUCAAUUUGACAAAGGCCUUGUGUUUGAAGCCCCUCCAAGAUAUUCAAAAAAUGCUGUCUUUCGUCAAAGGCUUUGGUGGUGUUGACUUGAUACUUGGUCGCCCUGCCAUUCUCAAUUGCGAUCUGGAUUCCCAGCUGGUACCCCGGAUUGAGUUCCUGUUGGAUUUGAGUGGGGGAGAUGAGCUUGCAACAACUACUGUUUUGCUUAAACUGCCUUUCAUUUUGGCUUACAGCGUGGACCACUACACUAGUCAUGUUGACUUCUUCCGAUCAUACGCGGGGUUAACGGAUGAGGAGAUAUUUAAAAUUAUACUUGUGUAUCCGAGUCUGUUUAGUGCUAGCCGGACGAGGAAAUUGCAGCCUCGGAUAGAGUUCCUGAAGCAGUGUGGGUUCAGUUCGAAGGAUAUCUAUAAACUGUUGAUCAAAGCGCCUCUUUUUCUUAGCUUGUCGUUUGAAGAUAACCUUGCACACAAGCUGGUUCUGCUGCUCAAGAUUGGGUAUGAACAUGGAACAAAGGAGCUGGGUUUGGCAAUGGGAUGGGUGUGCAGAACGAGUUGCAAGAAUAUGCAGGAGGUGAUUAGCCUGUUGUUGAAUUAUGGGUUGACUUGUGAAGAAAUUCUGGCAAUGGGAAAGAAGCAUCCGCAGGUACUGCAAUACAAUCACAAAUCAAUGAAGCAGAAGCUGGACUACUUGACUCAGGAGAUGGGGUAUGAAGUUAGAGAGAUGUUGGCUUUUCCGGCUUUUCUUGGUUAUGGGUUUGAUGGAAGGAUUAAGUACAGGUUUGAAUCCAGUGGCAAAAUCUCAGGCGAAGGGAUGUCGAUUAACAAGCUAUUUAGCAUGUCCACUGCAAGAUUCUCUAAGAAGCAAGAAAAGCAGCUGCCUGCAAGCAGCUGAACCUUUCUUGCUUGUUAAUUUUCUUCUUAUGCUAUGGCAACAUGAAAGUAAUGAUGGUAAUGAAUCUUGUGUUGUUAUUUUUGACUGCUGCAUUAUAUAUAUAUAUAUAGGGUGAAAAUGUACAUCAAUGCCCCCUUUAAACAAAGGACAUAAUUAAUUCCAUUUACAUA